AUGGCAGUUUUUUUGCAGAACUUUGAGCUCACUCUUGAGCCUAACAAUUAUAUCCUUCAACGCAAGGAACCAUUGACCCUCAAACCUGGCGGGUUGAAAAUGCGCGCUAAAUUUAGAAACAAUCUCACCUCCCAAGCGCUCGAACGUCGCUUGACUGGGUCUUCGACCAACCCGGAAUUGCCAUCCAAACAAAAAGAUAUCUUGACAGAUGACCAAAAUGUGGGUGUUCUCAAUGACAAUUUUGCAUGGCUCGAAUACUGGUACCUGCAAGGCAUGGGCCUAGAAUGCCUAGGCUCGCUCCCCUCCGACCAUCCUGUUGUGAUCGUGGCAGCUUCAUACGGGGAUGAACCGCCUUAUGAUGCUGAACGAUUAGUCUCUUGGAUUCUUACUCGACAGGAGAUAGGAAAGGAAUUCCAGAGGGUGUCGCACGCUGUCUUUAGCUGUAGUAAUAGUGAAUGGGUCACCUCGUUCCACAAGAUCCCAAUGCUUGUUGAAACCAGGCUUGAAGAGCUGGGUGCACAGCGGCUGGCGGAACUUGGUAAGACAACUGUCUCAACCGGCGCCGCUUUUACCGACUUUGAGGUCCGGGAGGAUGCUAUCAUUUGGCCGGCUUUAAAGGAGCCCUAUGGCACUUCAGGGGUCGGCGACCGAGAGAAGCAACCUGAACGUUAUGAAAGGUUUACGAAGGUGCAUCUUGAGGUGAAGUUGCCGAAGGGUAUGAAAUACCAAACAGGCGACUCCCUCGUCGUGCUGCCUUUCAAUCCUCCCGAGGCUGUGCAGUGCGUAAUGAGAAGUCUCGGACUCACCCGUGAUUCAUACUUUGAAAUCACAUCCAAUUCACCUGUAUCUCUACUAGUCGAUGUCUAUGCUAGCUGGAGAAGUUUUGGCUUCAAUAUACUUAAGCUUGCGGAUAUUGCUGACAGAGACAAGACAAUCGAAUUAUUGGGAUGCCCGGCCGGGGAUAGCUUCAACAAAGAGAUCGUCGACAAAAAGAUGCCCACCCUUAAUCUUUUGGCGGCUCUCCCUAUCCCGCCAUGUCUAUUCUUGUCUAUGCUGAGGCCUAUGAUUAUUCGCCAAUGCCGAUGCAUCUACUCCAUAUCCUCCUCACCUUUGGAAAAUCCAGACAACGCUACUGUUACUUUCUCUAUUCUCCGCGAGCCUUCCCUUUCUGGAAAUCGGCUACACAUCGGUGCUACAACCUCUUACCUGGGCCGCCUAGGCGAAAACGACUCUUUGAGGCCCACAUUAUGA